ACAUUCAGUCAUCUCAGUUUUGGAAAAUCAAUUACUGCAUGAAGCUUGUAAAGGGGAAAGACAAGUUGUUGAAACAGAGAAUGUAAUAUUUUACAUGCGAGAUAUGGAUGCUGAAAAUUUUACAGGUCUCCAGUUCCCUAAUUCAGAUACAGAGAAUAUCUCUGCCUUUGACCCAGCAGUUAGGAUCAGUCUGCCACCAACUCUCUUGGACAACAUCGACAUUGCAAUGAAAAUGGUCCGAAGUAAAGUAUUAUUAUUCAGGGAUGCAAGACUGUUCCAGGUUAAAAAUCAAACUAUUUUAAAUAAUGUGGUUGGAAUUCAAGUGGGGCACAGUACGUUUGAUCAUCUGACAGACCCUGUGAUAAUUGUGUUUAACAAAUCAUCACCGAUAAAGGUCACUCCAAAAUGUGUCUUCUGGAAGUUAGAACAAAAUGGGAACACAGUUGAGGGUCACUGGAACAAUUCCGGCUGCACAACAGCAAACACAGUCAAUGAAGUCAUCUGUAAAUGUAAUCACCUGACCUUCUUCGCUGUCUUGCUGCAAAUCGAUGGGAACCCACCAGUGGAUGAGAAGAUAUUGAAAUCACUAACAUAUAUCACCUGGAUUGGUUGUGGUGUUUCUGGCAUUUUCACAGUAAUUACUUUAAUCAUCCACUUUAUUCUCAGAAAAAGACAAAAGGAACCUUCCAUCCAGAUCCACGUGAAUCUCUCUGCUGCCUUGUUUCUUCUCAAUGUGAACUUCUUAACCAGCACAGCGUUCAGUUUCAGCAGCACUGAUGAGUUCUGUAAAGCCAUUGCUGUCCUGCUGCAUUACUCACUGCUUUGUAGCUUUACAUGGAUGGGAAUUGAAGCAUUUCACCUGUACCUUAUGCUGAUCAAGGUGUUCAACACUUACAUUCGUUUUUACAUGCUGAAACUCUGCCUUCUCGGUUGGGGCCUCCCAGCUGGCAUGCUUUUAAUCAUCAUUGGAAUGAACAUGGAUAAUUAUGGCCGAUAUUCAAUUCCUGUCAUUGGCAAUUAUAACCCUUCUCACAUGUGUUGGAUAAAAAACAAGACAGUGCAUUACGUUACAAAUGUUGCAUAUUUUGCACUUGUGUUCCUGGGUAACUCUAUCAUGCUGCUAAUUGUGUGUGUGAAGGUGUUCAGAUUGAAAGGGAGAGAUAGAAAGAGUGUAUUCACUGUACUCGGGUUGACGUGUCUACUGGGCAUUACCUAUGGCAUAGCUUUCUUCUCACAUGGACCUCAGAGUGAACCUGCAAUGUACCUGUUCUGCAUCCUGAACCCUCUCCAAGGGUUUUUCAUAUUCCUGUGGUACUGCAUGUUAAUACGAUCACCCAAUCAUACAGUCAGCAAGACAAGUAACAAUACAACCAUCUAA